UAUAGAAAGUUUACUUCAUCGUCGGAAAGAAUUGAAAUUACAAAGUAAUAUUUUUUUAUUGAAGACAGUAAAUGUUGAUGGCAUUAUGUCACUAUUGGAGUAUGAAAAUGAGAUGUUUCUGAAUGCAUUUCACGAGGAUGGAUUACUUGUGGUUGCGCGAGGACUUGGUAUUUCUCGUCUGAUGCUGAAUUUUCUCAAGCUUUACUGUGAUCCGGGCAAUUUGGUCCUCGUUAUUAACACCACUGAUUAUGAGGAGAACUAUCUUAUUGAUGAAUUGGAUAAGGCUGGUGUCAAACCACUCCCGAAGGUCAUCACUAAUGAGUAUGGAACCAACGAGAGGCAAGGUGUAUACAUGCAGGGAGGCGUGUUGUUUGUAUCAUCCAGAAUACUUGUUGUUGAUCUCCUCACGCAGAGAUUAGCCGCUCACCUUAUUACAGGCGUCAUCGUCAACAAGGCUCACAAGAUCAUAGACUCUUGCCAGGAGGCUUUCAUCCUGCGUCUAUGCCGUCAGAAGAACAAGACAGCUUUCAUCAAGGCAUUCUCGGAUCAACCGCAAGCCUUUGCUGCGGGGCUUUGUAAGCUGGAGAGGGUCAUGAGAAAUCUCUUUGUCAAGAAACUGUUCCUCUGGCCAAGGUUUCAUGCUUCAGUACAAGCCUUGAUGGACAAACAUAAGCCUGAUGUGAUAGAGCUUCAGCUGACGAUGACCCCUGCUAUGGUAUCCAUUCAGAUGUCCAUCCUUGAUAUCAUAGGAGCUUGUAUCAAAGAGGUCAAACAGGGAAAUCCAUCAUUGGAUUCUGAUGACCUGACUGUUGAGAAUGCGAUUGGAAAGAAAUCUCUGGACAUUAUAAUUAGAAGACAACUGGAUCCUAUUUGGCACACCCUGUCAUCGAAGACGAAGCAGCUGGUCAGUGAUUUAAAGCUUCUGCAGAUGUUAUUGUUCUAUUUGACACAAUAUGAUUGUGUGACAUUCUACAACUUCCUCAAGACUCUCAGAGGCAAUGAGCGGGCUAUGGCUAAUAAUACCGGCUGGUUAUUCUUGGAAGCUGCUGAGAUGAUGUUUGUGCAUGCUAAGAGGAGGAUUUAUGGUGACCCAACUGACAGUAAAAACAAGAAACAGAAGACGGAUAAAAAGGAGACUGCUCCAAACACCAAACCAACAGAGAGAGAGCUUCUUUUAGAAGAGAAUCCCAAAUGGAGGAUGUUAUCGGAAGUUUUGGAAGAAAUCAGACAGGAGAAUACAGGAGAUACAUCUGGUCGUGUGUUGAUCUGUGCCAGUGAUGAUAGGACGUGUGCUCAGCUAAGGGAGUAUCUGUGUGAUGGUUCCUAUACCUUGCUUCAGAGGCUAUAUUAUAAAACACUAGGAGCAGGGCAGCCCUUCACUGCUACUGCUGCUCAGGCUUCGGGUACAUCAAGUUCUAAUUUAGGAGGCAAGGAUGCAAGAGGAAGGGGUAAAGGUGAAAGGUCAAGAGGGGGAAAGGUCAAGAGGAAGCAAGAAGAUGUAGUCACUUUGACCCAGCUAUCAAGGAAAUAUGGUGGUGGUCAAGAUGGCCAGGAUGAGGAUGGUGAAGCUGAUGAGGAUGAUUCCCAGAGAGUGAGGUUACCAAGCACCAGAUCAAUAGAUGUUGAUGAGGAGAUAGGGAUAUCAUCAGUAGAAGCGUACUAUGAUGUAGAGACCACACCCCUCACGGUGAUACACCCCCUCCAUGGUUGUAGAGAUCCUUAUAGUUUAACGAAGACACUACAUGAACUGAAACCAAGAUAUGUAAUCCUUUAUGAUGCCGAGAUCCAGUUUGUCAGACAGUUAGAAGUAUUCAAGGCAUGCAGACCCGACCAUCCUCUCCGAGUUUACUUCCUCAUCUACUCUGGAUCCACAGAAGAACAGAAGUACCUCACCUCACUCAGGCAGGAGAAAAGUGCCUUCGAGAAUCUCAUCAAAGAGAAGUCUACUAUGGUACUUCCUGCUGAUAUAGAUGGGAAGGAUGACACCUCCAGUCAGCUGUCACGUGACCCAUCAUUACCAUCGGCAACCAGUUCUAGGAAUGCUGGGGGUCAGGCGAUGGUGACGCAAGGCCAGAAAAAGGUGAUUGUUGAUAUGAGAGAGUUCCGGAGUGAGUUACCAUCGUUGAUUCAUAAGAGAGGCAUUGACAUCGAACCAGUCACUUUAGAGGUUGGAGACUACAUCUUAACCCCCGACAUCUGUGUAGAGCGUAAGAGUAUCAGUGAUCUGAUUGGUUCGUUGGCUAGUGGUAGACUCUACAACCAGGCUCUUUCUAUGACUAGAUUCUACAAGAGACCCGUACUACUCAUUGAAUUCAAUCCAAAUAAAUCAUUUGCUCUCCAGACUCAGUCUACCAUGUCUAAUGAGAUCUCCUACCAGAAUCUAUCAUCCAAGUUGACCUUACUAACGCUUCACUUUCCAAAGCUUCGCAUCCUCUGGUGUCCAAGUCCUCAUGCUACAGCAGAACUCUUCGAAGAACUCAAGAUCGGUAGGUCCGAGCCUGAUGCAGCCGUGGCAGCUAGUAUCACUGUUGAAGAAGAAGGAGCAGGAGAAGGGGGCGAUGAAUCCUCCCCUCUUACCAAACAGAUGUACAACCAUGGCCCUUAUGAUAUGCUCCUCAAACUACCAGGCAUCAAUAUCAAGAACUGCUGGAGGAUCAUGAGGAACGUUGCUGACAUCACUGAACUUGUUUCACUCUCUCAGGAACGACUAGCCGAGAUCCUUGCCCACCAGGGCAAUGCCAAGUUCCUCUGGGAUUUCCUCCACAAGGAAGGAGGAGGGGAGGCAGAGGGUUCCACCAGCAGACCAGGAGGGGGAGGGAAGUUUGCUGGGAGGGGCAGGUUUGGGAAGGGUGGUAGGGGGUUUGGUGGGGGCGGUAGGGGAAGAGGAGGGGUGGGGCGUGGGAGGUGAGAUUUUUGACAAUCAGGGAAAAAGACAAAUACCUCUGGGAGUGCCUCCACAAGGAGGGGACACAGAGGGGUCCACCGGCAGACCAGGGGGGGGGAAGUUUGCUGGCAGUGGAAAGUUUGGGAAGGGUUGUAGGGGGUUUGGUGGGGGCGGGAGAGGAAGAGGAGGGGCGGGCGUGGGAGAUGAGAUCCUUGAACGUUGGAAAACUGCCAAUUUCUUCGGAGAGUAGGGUUUGAUUCAGGAUUGGAAAUGGUGUUUAAAAGCAGGAGGGGGGAGGCGAGAUCAUUUCCGAAUGGAGGGAGUUAAUUUAUUUCUUAUGACUGGAGGAGUAUUUAUCAUCUUUGACGAGUGAUUGAUCUGUUCAACAUGGUUUUGCUUCAUCAACUCAACUGUAUCUCUUUCCUUUCAUCAAAUGCAAAUUUUUACUAUCACACAGAUAAUUUUGAGUGAUUUCUUACUCAAUCCUUGCGAGCAAGUCAAAUCCAGCGUUGUUAAUUACGAUGUAUAACACAUUUGUUUUAUACAUCACCUCACAAAUAUUCAUCGCAAUAAGUUGAAAUUUGAAGAAAUCCUUCAUUAUUCUGCAUUAAAGAUUUGCAGAUGCUGUGCAACUUUAAGGCUCAAAAUGUAGGAAUGGGGGGGGGGGGUUGCUCACAGAGGCUUGUUUUGCAACAAGUUGAUUAGGCAAUGUACAGUAUGUUUACUGAGAAAUCUAUUCCAGAAAUGUAUGAUUACAGAUGCUGUGUUGUGUCUUGCACAUACAAUCUACGGUAAUUUGCAGACAGCUAACAAAUUGGAAAUAUAUUUGUAAAUAUUUUGAUCAUUGUAGGGCAUGAAAUUGAAUAUAAAAUGAAUUUAUGUGGAGAUUGUGUAUAUAAUUUUUAUGCUUAUUUUUGCAAUAAAGACAAAUCAGUAAG